AUGCACAAGGUGUUAAGAGAUUCAGCAAGUUUACCACCGCGAGAUAAUUCUUGCGGCUUCGCUGCAUGCAACCCAGCGGACCGGGCAGAUUUUGAGGUGGCUGCUCGAGCAGGGGAUUUUGACCUCCUCCGAUCUGUAGCACAUAACAGGGCGUGGAUCGUUGACCAAUCGUACUGCCGGAGCGGCAAGUCCAUUGACUCCUGCGAGGAGUUUCUGCAUUCUUUGUGGUACGUCUAUUAUCAAUGCGCCAGACAUGUCUCCCACGAAAGCUUUGAGCAAGACAGAUGGGUCCUUGACAUUCUUCGGACGCGAGGGCGAGGGCCUCUAAUGAGGCCAGCACGGGGCGGUGGCAUCGAUAUUGCUAGAACCCCCGAUGGGACUGUCUGGAAUGACCUGCCGUUUCUUGCGACGGAUAUGACAGAGUGCUGGAUCAACAGCUACGUGGCAAUGGACUCAAAGCAACGCCUUAAUGCUGCGUUCUUCCUUGCAAAGCUUGCGUCCACGCGCAUUGCGAAUGAUCGGCUUUGCCAGAUUGCUCUGAUCAUUUUUCGUGAUACAUUUGAGUCCGAGCGUCCCCUUGGCAGCUCUAAUGAUCCGGAUGAGGAAAACAAUCACCGAACAUUCCUUCGUAUUGCUUCGUUACUUCCAUCUGCAUGUGCCUGGAUCCGAGAAGCCGGGCAUAACAUCAUACUCUUAUCCGAUGUCUCAUGGAAUGAUUGCUCUGACAGUACCAUUGGGAGAGGUGGUUUCAGUUUUGUCCAAUCAGAGCUAGGUCAACGAGCACCUGGUGGGUUUAGUCCCUGGAGAUGGUUAUACUGGCUCAAGCGGUUGCAUGAGAUAGCCGAUGAAGCAUCCAAAGCAGAUGAGACGUUGCUCGCAGAAGAGGCCGCGAAGGCAAUUGAAAUUAUGUUAGGUCACGUCAAGGAGAGGAACUCUCAGAUUCUCAAGGUAUUUGAGGCAGCAGGCGAUGCUGUGACCCAGGAGAAGGACCUCAUGGGUCUGAAAAAGAAAUGGUAG